UGCGCAGAACCACUGAUUUAUAACUAAAAUAAUAUGUUGUGAAAUAUAGUAACUUAUCAUCACUUUAGAUAGAAGUGUAAUACAAAGUGAUAAAGUUUUUUUUUUCUAAUUAAAAGUGAAUAAAUAUAUUUGUAAUCAUGAGUUUUAAUAUGAAAGUGUUAGUUUUGUGUUUUCUUGAAUGGACUGUUAAUGCCCAAUUUGGAUCUAUGACUAUAAGUGUAGGAAUGGGUGGAGUUAGAUCAGACGAUGAAGAACUAGACAUAAAGGGAAAUUGCCCACCCAAUACGGCCUGCAAACCUAUAAGUUCAUGCCCGCUACUGGAAGAUUUACUAGACUUCUCAUGCUUCUCUUCAGAUAAGUACUUCCACCGCCUCAACCAAUUGAUGUGUGGUCACGCCAACAACGAGGACUACGUCUGCUGCCCCUCUUGCGACUGCGCCCGGGUUUACUCGGAAGGUUCCCAGAGAUGUGGCCAGAGUAUGGUGAAAUCUAGCAACUAUAGUGGGAUCGGAGCUCAUCCGUGGGUCGCCAGGAUUGGGUUUACACACAAGGAGUCUGGUAACGUAAGGUUCGCCUGCAGCGGAUCCAUUAUCUCCAAACGAGUUAUCCUCACGGCUGCCCACUGCGCUUUGGCCAAACCAGAGGGAUACAAAUUAUCAACAGUAGUGGUUGGUGAAUGGGACACUGGUCGGAGUCCAGACUGCAACGAGUUUUUCUGCGCACCUCCCACGCAAGCUAUUAAGGUGGAAAACGUGGUGGUCCAUGUGGGGUACGAGCAGAAGAUAUUCAGGCACGAUAUAGCACUCAUAGUGCUUAGAGAGGAGAUUAAAUAUUCAGUGACAGCGGCGCCGGUCUGUCUGAACGACAGUCCGGAAGUAGUUAUAAACGAACGGGCGUACCUCGUCGGGUGGGGGAAGCUGUCGGGGCAGAAUAACGCGAUAAGUCGCCAGCAAAUGCUUGACGUUCCCCUGGUGACCUUGGAGACCUGCGAGAGCAUAUUUGGUCAGUCAGUGCCUAUCCACGAGGGGCAGCUGUGUGCUGGGGGGGAGCAGGGGAGGGACGCCUGUUCUGGCUUCGGAGGGGCUCCGCUACUGCUGUACAGGGAUGAGAAAUACGUUCAGGUGGGCAUAGUAUCUUUUGGUUCUGAGAACUGUGGCAGCGAAGGAGUGCCAAGCGUGUAUACAAACGUAGCUCACUACUAUCAAUGGAUUGUCGAUAAUUCGCCGUCUUUCUACUGAUAAAAAUACA